CAUGGACAGAGGGUUAGAGUUUCAUAGCUCUCCAGUCCUCCCUCGCUCCGGUACUCUCCACCAGCCGAACUACUCCUGGCCUGACAUUUCAGUUGUGGGAAUUAUAUAGUGGUGUUGUAUUCGUAAUGAUAUUGGCCCUCUGAUAUUUUCAGGCAUUAGCAAAGAGUGAGAAGAACGAUAUCGUGGCGUUAAAUAUGUGAGAGGAGUUUGUCUUAAUGAUUGACCCACUCACCUUCUGUUAAUUCUUGUUGUGCGCUUUUUAAGAUAAAGUUUAGGCGAGUGAAGAAAGUGACACUUACUUUGGCUAACUUUAAGAAUAUGAAGAGAUAAUUAUUAUAUGACACAUAUCCUUCAUUAAACUCACAGUACAUGAAAAUAGAACAAAAAUAUAAGAUUUGAUAUAUAUAGAGAGAGAGAAAAUAUCAAUACAUUCUCAUACAGAACACUAAGAAUGUCUCUAAUUCGAAAAUAAUUAAUCACCGAAAGUUUUACAAUACGUUUAUAACAAUACAUAAUAAGAUAUGCAUAAUAACAUACAACCAUUGAAGAAAAAUAGAACAAAAUAUAUAAAAAAGUGUUAAUUAAAGAACAGCCACAAACUUUCGCUCAGGCAAUAUCAGAGAGGAGGAAAAAAGGCUUCAUCGACGCCCUAAGGAAAAUCAACAAGGAAUCCCAACAAUGAUGUCACCAAUUUCACUUCUGCUGAUCUUGCUAUUUCACGCAGGAUUUGGCGAGAUCCCAGGGAGCCCCGGUCCUCUGACGGAAGUGUCCGCCAUAGAGGGGGGUCGCGCCCUCCUCCCCUGUGACGUCACGCCACCUACACCUGGGGACUUCCCUAUCCUCGUCCUCUUCUACGGUGGUGCUACAGGACUUCCAAUUUACAGCAUCGACGCACGCUCUGGUCCACAGGGUCGAUCGAAACAUUGGUCAGAGUUGGGUGGUCGAGCACACUUCGACCUGAUGUCUUCGCCGUCUGGGUUGGUGAUCGACGAGGUGGCUGCCACAGAUCACGGCCACUACCGCUGUAGGGUCGACUUCGGCUCCUCCCCCACCAGGAACCUUAGGGUCAAGCUUCUGGUUGUUGUUCCUCCUCGUCGCGUCAGCAUCCUGAGCGGCGCUGGACUGGAGGUGAGCGGGGUCAUCGGGCCUUACCCCGUGGGCGGUUCCCUCACCCUCACCUGCCAGGUCACCGGGGGGUCACCGCGGCCUUGGGUCACCUGGUGGCACGAGGGAUCACUACUAGAUGAUGUGGCAGAGGAGGUCAAAGGUCAGGUCAUCCGGAACAUCUUGAUCUUACCUAACCUGAGCCGCCAACACCUGUAUCGAGUUCUCACCUGUCAGGCAAGCAACUCUAACCUGUCCUUGCCGCUCGCUGCCACUGUCACCCUCGACAUGAGCUUCCCGCCCCUGGAGGUGAAGAUCCUAGGAGGGAAAGCUCCACUGUCUGAGGGUAAGAGGUACUCCCUGGUGUGUGAGGCUGGAGGCUCUAAACCAUCUGCUGAUCUCACCUGGUACAUCGACGGCAACCUCAUGACCGACACAAAGAACCAGGUGCUCGCGGAAGGGAACGUAAGCAGGUCGACGUUGCACCUGACCCCCACCAGGAUGAACAACGGCGCUGUGGUCUCGUGUAGGGCGGACAACUCCCUCUUACAGGCGGCCGCUGUGGAGGACUCCCGCAGGCUGGAAGUAUAUUACUCGCCAAGGCUUCACCUGCGUGCUGGCCAGAACCUCAACAUGAGCAACAUCAAGGAGGGAGACGACGUGUACUUCGAGUGUGAUAUCCAAGCUAAUCCUCCAGUCUACAGAGUCGAGUGGUUCCUCAAUGGUAUAGAGCUACAUCAGAAUGUGACAGCCGGGGUGAUACAGAGCAACCAGAGCCUCGUACUACAGAAGGUUGGGCGCCGUUCCUCGGGACUCUAUACCUGCAGAGGUCUCAAUGUCCACGGCUCUGCUACCUCUAAUGCUCUACAGUUGAACGUCAAGUUCUCCCCCGUGUGCUCCGCCGGCCAGAAGUGGGUCUACGGCGGGGGACGUCAGCAGCCAGUCAACGUGACUUGCCAAGUGGAGGCUCACCCGGAGGCCACCACCUUCCGCUGGGCUUUCAAUACCUCCAGUGAGUUUGCGGAGCUCCCGGAGGACAGAGUCCACUCGGGGCGCGGCCGCAGCCUGGUGGUGUAUACGCCGCAGACACACCACGACUUCGGGUCCCUCCUGUGCUGGGGCCGCAACCAAGUGGACACCCAGCACCAGCCCUGCGUCUUCCAUAUUGUCCCGGCAGGUGUGCCAGAGCCAGUACACAACUGCAGCGCCUGGCACAACGGCAGCGCUGCUGGGGAAGUGGUGGUGGCCUGCCAGGCUGGCUGGAGUGGGGGACUCACCCAGACCUUUACACUCGAGGUUCGUCACGCCCCUAAGGGUCAUUCCACACCCAAGGGCUCUACGGGCUCUAGCAAGACCCAUGGCUCUGUGGGCCCGGGGAAGCUCCUGGCUUCACUCAAAGACCAGAUGGAGCCACACUUCACGGUGACGGGUCUGGCACCAGGCACGGAAUACCACCUGGUAGUGGUGGCCUCCAACGCCCAGGGAGCCGCCCCGUCCACCGUCCUCGUCUACCUCACGCCCAUAGACGUGGCUGAGAAGCAGACGAGCGCUGCCGCCGCCGAGGCAUCAGAAUCGAGCCCACUGGCAAGUUUAGCGCCUAUCGUAGGCGUAGUGGUGGGCGUGGUGGCCUCUCUGUUGGUGUGUUCUGUUGUACUGGUGUUAGUCGUGCGCGCUCGCACCGCCAACACCCACUCCCACAGCCAAACCAAGAUAGUCUAUGAUAAGGCAGCGCCCGGCUCUAAACCCGACGAUGGAGGCUUCGUUCAGCAGCAGCAACAAGGACCUGAUAUUAUCCUCGUGAAAAGUGAUAGUCAGUCUGGCGGAGAGACCCAGCAGCUGGUAGCAGAGUACAGGGGCGCCCACGACGGCUCCUUCCACAUCACCCCGGCACCCACCCCCCUCACCACCGGUGUUCUGGUGGCGCGGGAGACGGACGCCCUUCUUCAAGACCCCGGCAUCACCGCCAGCGCCACCACCACCGGCAUCCUUCCUUCUGAGGGAGGAGGAGUAGCAACAUCGUGUCCUCGCUCCUCCUCCUCUUCCUUCUUACCUCCCCGCACUGCCACUUCGUAUUACCCAGAAGGGCGUGACACCCCUCCCUCCUCCUCCUGCAUCCGGAGGUCCCCGAGUGAGCACGUGCUUCAGGGGCACCCCGACCUGUGUCCCCAGGACCCCCCUGGCUGUACCUCAGCCAGGACGCUGGUUGUCACCUGUGCUCAUGGUGGUAGCCAUGAGAGCUCUGUUUAGUGUCCUACAAGACAGUGGACGCGUUAGGAGAUAUCAUUGGGAGACCACCAUUGAAUAUCCCCACUAGGAGAUGAGACCACGUUGGCAGACCGUACUGGGAGAUCACUAAGGAAGAUCAAGUUGAGAAACCACGUCGAGAAACCACACCAGGAAUCCGCAGAACAAAACAAAAAACACGCUUGGAGACCAUGAUAACAGACCACUCUUGGAAAUAACGUUCGGAGAUAACGCUGAGAGACUAAAAAAAAUAUUUCCGCAUGUUAAUAAAAACAAAAUGUUUCUCUGAAUGAGUCUUAAAAAUACAUCAGAUUAUCCAAAAUUAUGUGAUGUAGUCGAUGUUUUGUUUUUCCUGUAUAUAUAUAUAUAAACGAAAAACAAACAAACUAUAAACUACAAAAUCUAACAAAGUAAAUAUAUACAAAACUAUAAUCCAAAAGCAACAAACUUUUUCUGAAACUUUCUACACAUUAAUCCAGAAGACAAACUUGAAUCUCUAUACGAAGAAAAAUUUACUUCCGACAAUGGAAUAUUAACACCUGGUGAGAAUAUUUUUUUUUUGUGGUUCCUCAUUGCACCUGGGUCAUACCUCUAGUGUACAAGACAUCAAAGUGGCCAUUUAAGUGUUCAUCUCACACAAGAUCACCUAUUGUCAGCUUCCAGGUUAUUGUACUACCCAUAGUGUCUCUCCGUGAAUUGAGGGAAUUGUAAAAAAAAAUAAAACAAUGUAAAUAGUUUCUAUGUAAGUAAAUGCAGUCUUUUAAUUUGUCGUUCUCUGUGUCUCUCUUCAAUUCUCUGCCUGACUUCUUAUUCUUUCUUCUAAAUCUCAUUCGCUAAUGGCUAUGUUACAGAUGGUGAUGUGUCAUGCUCUCAUUGUGUAAAUAACUAUAUCUUUCCAGCAGACCAAAAUAAUAAAAAUAUAUAUAUGGAUGAUUAGAGAAUAUUGAAUUCUGUCAGAGUUUCUUAAUGUUUGUCGAUAUACGAGCGAAAAUACUCAAUAUAAGACAAUAACUCAGUCAAUAUCCUUCGGUGUCUAGUUGUUUUGGUGAUUAUUUAUGCAAGACAACAGAGGUAGCAGCCGACGGGAACAGAUUACACAGGUACUACAUAUACAAGGUGUCACAAGUGGUUUAUAACAGGUGUAUUGUGUAAAGUUAACGAUGGGUAAUGUAUCUGAAUUAGUGAAAGAUUAUGCAUAUAAAUACCGAGAAAAAAAUGGUAAUCUCGUGUGAUUAUCUCUGGUGAAGAUGUACCUUGUUAGUGGCUAUGUUAACAGUAAGAGAAAAAGUUAACAAGGGAUUGGUAAUUAGAGAAUGAGAGAUCAUUUUCCUGUGGUGUUGUGAGCUCUCGACAUAGCCAACAUUUAAGUUUUUUUUUCAAGCAUCGUAAGUGUUUAUUUGUUAUUUCAAUAUGAAUUAAGACAAAAAUUUAUUUCUGGCUGAAGUAAAGAAAUUCUUUGGUCAGUAAUCUAUAGUAAGAUGUUUUGUCGUCUGCUCACAACACAGGAACAGACUGAAUGAUGCCUUUAUGUUUCACGAGAAUAAACGGAAAUAUAUAAUUUUAUUUUUUCAGAAAUUUUCCAAUAAAAAAAAAAAAUUACUUUUUUAUCUGAAUUCUUGUAAAUUAAUGUCAUGACUCCGUAUAUGUUAAAGAGAUAAUUACUGAGAUCCAUUUUAGAUUAUAGGGUUACAACCCAUUCAUUGUCACCUGUUGACUUUUAUUGCUACAUAUAUCAACGAUGGUUUCAAUGUUUACAACAGAUAUUUAUUGGAAUGUGUAACAAGCUAUAAGUCGAAGCUUUUUUUUUUUAAAUUCUAAUUUGAUGUUACAAUAAUCUGACAAAAGGCAUACUGUAAAUGUUAUUGUUAAUAGUUACAGCUCAGAGAUUUUAAUAAUAAAAAAUAAAGGAAAAAAAUAUAUAUAACCCAACCUAUGUUUAGUGUACAGGUCUCCUCUUCUUUCCAAAUUUUCCUAGCUUGGGGACGUAACUGACUGACUCACUUACGAUAAUGAUAUAUUUCUGUGGGGCUCUUAACGUAACUAAUGGUGUUCUCUUAUGCCAACUCAGGUGGAGGGAACAUUUUACCUGUGAGUCUAUGAGAGUCUGAGCGUUAUAGUGGCUGGAGAUUAAUGACAUCGUGGGAGGAUUUAUAAGUACAUAACGGGAUUUGCGUGUCAGCCGGUAACCCCAUCUCAAUUGUUGUGAAGGAGCUUAAUGUCACGGUAAUCCAAGUCGGACAGGUGUGGGAGAUUCACUGCAUAAGUAAUCCUAAUCUAACAAUUACGGGGAGAUUACUGCUUUAGUAAUCCCACACUGACAGGUAUGAGGCAUUACAGCGUCGGUAAUCAUAACUUAAUAGUUGUUUGACGAUAAAUGUCUCACUAAUCCCUCCCUGACACGUGUGAGAAACUUGGCAUAUACACACACAUAUUGUGUGUAUAUAUAUAUAUAUAUAUAUAUAUAUAUAUAUAUAUAUAUAUAUAUAUAUAUAUAUAUAUA